UCUCUUUCCCAUUAAUUCCUUGCCAGAACCAGGAACCGCCCACCUUUGUGACAUCCUCUCUGUUGCCAAGCAACAGACAGGAAGUGGGGCUCCACUCACCCCAGGAUCCCUGGUAAGAGCCUUGGACUGAGGAGCUCCAAAAAGGAAGCUGUGGCACUGCGGAGGGAAGGAGGGAAGAAAGUAGGUCUCCGAGAUGCUGCGGCUUGUUGUGCAGUCGGCCAAGAUUGACCCACCGCUAGCUCCACUACCCAGGCCCUGCAUGUCCAUCGACUUCAGAGAUGUCAAGAAAAGAACUCGUGUGGUGGAAGGGAAUGAUCCCGUGUGGAAUGAGACCCUAAUCUGGCACCUCUGGAACCGCCCCCUGGAAAAUGACUCCUUCCUGCAAGUCACCCUUCAGGACAUGGGCUCACAAAAGGAAGAAAGCUUCAUUGGCCUGGCCACAGUCCUGCUCAAGCCAUUGUGGAAACAACCAAGCAAGGUCCUUUUUGUGAAGGAUUUGACCCUGCUCAACCAUUCCAUGAAGCCCACAGAUUGUACUGUCACCCUACAGGUGGCCCACAUGAGCCACCGGGAUAUUGAGAAGACAGGAGCUGAAGACCUCCUGGGCAUAACGGCAAGAGAGGCGGCCAGGCAGAAAUUGAUGGUCCCUGGCUCCAUCGCGCACAGGGCUCUGUCCUCAAAGCCUCAGCACUUUCAGGUUCGGGUGAAGGUGUUUGAAGCCCGACAGCUCAUGGGCAACAACAUCAAACCAGUGGUGAAGGUGUCCAUCGCAGGCCAGCAGCACCAGACACGCAUCAAGAUGGGGAACAACCCUUUCUUUAACGAGAUCUUCUUCCAGAAUUUUCACGAGGUUCCUGCAAAGUUCUUUGAUGAGACCAUCUUAAUUCAGGUGGUGAACUCCUCAGUAAUGAGAUACAAAGCAGAGAUUGGGAGAUUUCAAACAGAUAUUGGGUUUAUCUACCAUUCUCCAGGUCACACACUCCUAAGGAAAUGGCUAGGCCUCUGCCAACCAAAUAAUCCCAGCAGUGGUGUGACAGGCUACCUGAAAGUCACCAUCUGUGCCCUCGGUGUGGGAGACCAGGCCCUGAUAGAUCAAAAGCAGCUGUAUGGGGCCGAUGACACCGAUAUUCAGAUCUUCAAGUCAGCGGUAGUCCCGAUCAACAUGGCUUACUUACAGUUCUUCAUCUACUGCGCAGAGGACCUUCACCUCAAGAAACAGCAGUCAGUGAAUCCUCAGUUGGAGGUGGAACUAAUUGGGGAAAAGCUCAGGACACACAUGCAGACGCAAACCGACAACCCGAUAUGGAACCAGAUCCUGACCUUCCAGAUUCAGCUACCCUGCCUCUCCAGCUACAUCAAGUUCAGAGUCUUGGACUGCCACAGGAAGGACUGCUCGGAUGAGAUUGGGACUGCCAGCCUGUCCCUCAACCAGAUCUCGUCCACCGGAGAAGAGAUCGAAGGAGUGUACUCUGGCUUCCUGCCCUGCUUUGGCCCCAGCUUCCUGACUCUGCACGGAGGUAAAAAGGCCCCUUUCAGGAUCCAGGAAGAAGGCGCUCAUAUUCCCGACUCUGUUAGGGAUGGUUUAGCUUAUCGAGGCCGAGUCUUCCUGGAGUUAAUAACCCAAAUCAAGUCCUGUCAAGACUCCACGAUAAAAGAUCUCUCUCAUGAAGUGACCAGGAUAGAGAAGCACCAGAACCGCCAAAAGUAUGGGCUGUGCGUCAUCUUCCUCUCCUGCACCAUGAUGCCCAACUUUGAAGACCUGAUCCAUUUCGAGGUCAGCAUCGGUCACUAUGGGAACAAGAUGGACCUGAAUUACAAGCCUCUAGUCUCAAGCACACAGUACAGCCCAGUGAUAUAUGAUGGGAACAUCUACCAUUAUGUGCCCUGGUACAACAUCAAGCCUGUCGUGGCUGUGACCUCCAACUGGGAGGACGUCAGCUUCCGCAUGAACUGCCUCAACCUCCUCCACUUCACUCGGGACCGCCUGAAAGCCAACCUGGACACCCUGAAAUCCACGCGGAAUCCGAAGGACCCAGCUCUCCUCUGCCAGUGGGAGAAACUGCUGAGGGAGCUGGUGGAGGACUGCAAGCGCCCUCUUCCCUGCAUGACCGACCAGCCCAAAGCCACCAACCUGGACAGGAAGAGGUGGCAGCUCCGCAGCCUCCUCCUGCAGGAACUGGCCCAAAAGGCCAAGCAAGCCAUGCCCAGGGACAUGGUGGCCACAGCGGAGAACUGGCUGUACCGCCUCAACGCUGUGCUCCCUGAGCCCCAGAUGGGCCUUCCUGACGUGAUGAUUUGGCUGGUGGCCAAGGAGCAGCGAGUGGCCUACGCACAGGUGCCUGCCCACUCUGUCCUCUUUUCCCGGGCAGGGGCCCUGCACUCCGGCAGGCUCUGUGGGAAGAUACAGACACUCCUCCUCCAGUACCCAGAGGGUGAAGGACAGAAGGAUGUGCUCCCAGCUCACCUCCGGGUCUGCAUGUGGCUUGGCAAUGUCACCGACAGCAAGGACCUGCAGCUUCUCUGCCAGGGUGACAUGGCGGUGUACGCCGAGACGUAUGAGAAUCAGGCCAAGUAUAAAGACCAGUGGGGGCAGCAGGGGCUGUAUCGCUGCCCCAACUUCUCAGAUGUCAUGGGGAACAAGACCCUCCCCAUGACGGAUUUCCAGCCACCCCUGGGAUGGCACUGGCAGGACAGCUGGACAGUGGAACCUCAGAGGAGACUCCUCCUGGACAUAGACAUCAACAAGAGCCAGGUGCUGGAGGAGGUAUAUGAGAACCAGGGCCGCGACACCAGAGGCGCCUGGGGGCCUGCCGCCAUCCCAAACACAGACGUGAACGGACAGCCCAUGGAAGCCCGGGAGAACGUGAAGUGCCCGCAAGGCUGGCACUUUAAGAAGGACUGGGUGGUGGAGCUGAACCACGCAGUGGACAGUAAGGGCUGGGAGUAUGGCGUGGGCAUCCCCCCGUCGGGCCUGCCCCAGGUCUGGAGCCCGGUGGAGAAGACCUACCACUCGUGCCGCCGGCGGCGCUGGGCGCGCGUGCGCUUCCGGAACCGCGGGGAGCUGAGCCGCGAGCAGGAGACCGUCUCCUUCCUGCAGCUGGGCCCGGCCCAGGGCGAGGAGGACGGCUGGGAGUACGACGCCUUCGGCUCCAAGUUCCACCUCCACCCUCAGCCCCGGAGCCGCUUCCGCCGCCGCUGCUGGCGCCGCAGGCUGGUGCCCGACAAGGACAAGGGCAUCGCGCCCGUCUUCCUCCUGGAGGGCUCCUUGGCCAUGGAUCUGAAACACCGAGCUGGGAAGGAAGAGGAGAGCAAGCCAUGGCCGUGGGGUCUGGACAGACAGUUCAGGGACCCCCAGAGGCAGGACGCCCGGCCCCCCAACAUGCCCUUCAUCUACUGCACCUUUAACAAGCCCCACUACUACCAGCUCUUCUGCUACAUCUACCAGGCCCGGAACCUGGUGUCCAAUCAGAUCCUGACAUUCCAAGGGCCCUUCAUUCGGGUGGUCUUCCUGAACCACAGCCAGUGCACCCAAACCCUGAGGAGCUCUGCAGGCCCCACGUGGGCCCAGACACUCAUCUUCCAGCACCUCCUUCUGUACGAGAACCCGCAGGACACCAAAGAGAGCCCGCCGCUCGUGGUGCUAGAGCUGUGGCAGCGUGACUCCUGGGGCAAGGAGAGCUUGUGGGGACGGAGCAUGUGGCCCCCAGUGGUCUGGCUGGAUCUCCAGGACCGGAUCCUGCCCCCCAUGAGGUGGCACCCCCUUGUGAAGGAGCUGGGGAAGGAAGAGGGCGAGAUCUUGGCAUCCUGUGAGCUGAUCCUUCAGACUGAGAAGCUUGGCGAGAAGCAGCUGCCUAUCUUAAGCGUUCCCUGGAAGAAUGGGGCAUACACACUCCCCAAGAGCAUCCAGCCCACGAUAAAGAGGAUGGCCAUUGAGAUCCUGGCCUGGGGCCUUCGGAACAUGAAGAAGGCGAGCUCCCCCCAGCUCCUGGUGGAAUUCGGGGACGAGUCCCUGAGGACAGAACCCAUCAGAGACUUUCAGACCAACCCCAACUUCCCCGAGUCCGAGUCUGUCCUAGUCCUCCUAGUGCUCAUGCCCACAGAGGAGGCCUAUGCGCUGCCCCUUGUGGUGAAGGUGGUGGACAACUGGGCCUUCGGUCAGCAGACCGUGACGGGCCAGGCCAACAUCGACUUCCUCCAGCCCUACUUCUGUGACCCCUGGGCUCAGGACUACGUGCACCCAAAGCUUCCAAGGCUGUCUGGGAAGAAGCACCAGGACUUCCUAGGCUACCUCUCCAGAAAGUUCUGGUUCAAGUCCAGUAAAGCAGAGGAUGAGUAUGAGCAUGAGGUGGACUGGUGGAGCAAGCUGUUCUGGGCCACAGAUGAGCACAAGUCCCUGAAGUACAAGUACAAAGACUACCACACCCUCAAGGUGUAUGACUGUGAGCUGGAGGCCGUGCCAGCCUUCCAGGGCCUGCAGGACUUCUGCCAGACCUUCAAGCUCUACCAGGAGCAGCCCAAGUUGGACAGCCCUGUGGUAGGGGAGUUCAAGGGCCUCUUCCGUGUCUACCCCUUUCCUGAGAAUCCAGACGCCCCGAAGCCCCCACUCCAGUUCUUGGCUUGGCCAGAGAGAGAGGACUUCCCCCAGCCAUGCCUGGUGCGGGUGUACGUGGUACGAGCCAUCAACCUGCAGCCCCAGGACUACAAUGGCCUGUGUGACCCUUAUGUGAUCCUGAAACUGGGCAAGACAGAGCUUGGCAGCCGGGACAUGUACCAGCCCAACACUCUGGAUCCCAUCUUCGGCACGAUGUUUGAACUCACCUGCAACAUCCCCCUGGAGAAGGACCUAGAGAUCCAGCUCUAUGACUUCGACCUAUUUUCACCUGAUGAUAAGAUAGGAACCACAGUCAUCGACCUUGAAAACCGACUCCUGUCUGGCUUUGGAGCUCACUGUGGGCUCUCCAAAUCCUACUGCCAGUCAGGACCCUUUAGAUGGCGGGAUCAGAUGCCCCCAAGCUACCUCCUAGAACGCUAUGCCAAGCGCAAAGGGCUGCCUCCGCCUCUGUUCAGUCCUGAGGAAGAUGCUGUUUUCUAUAACGGGAAAAAAUUCAAGCUGCAAAGCUUUGAACCCAAAACCCCUACUGUUCAUGGUUUGGGGCCCAAGAAGGAACGCCUUGCACUCCACCUCCUGCACACCCAGGGGCUGGUGCCUGAGCACGUGGAGACCCGCACACUGUACAGUGACAGCCAGCCAGGCAUCGACCAGACCUGUUGUAAGUGGAAUCCCAGCACCAUGCCGUCAGCCCCAGAGUUACCGUGUUCCAAUCUCACUGCGCUGCUCUCAGUCGAAAGAAAGGGGGAAGCUGGUGGGUGGUUGCCUGCGGCCUCACAGGGAAAGGUGCAAAUGUGGGUGGACAUCUUCCCCAAGAAGCUGGGGCCUCCUGGCCCCCCAGUCGACAUCAACCCCAGAAAGCCUAAACGGUAUGAGCUGCGCUGCGUCAUCUGGAAAACCGCCAAUGUGGAUCUGGUGGAUGACAAUUUAAGUAGAGAGAAGACGAGCGACAUCUACAUCAAAGGGUGGCUGUAUGGGCUGGAGAAGGACAUGCAGAAGACAGACAUCCACUACCACUCGCUGACUGGGGAGGCGAACUUCAACUGGCGGUUCAUCUUUACCAUGGACUACCUGGCGGCGGAGCGCGUGUGUGUCCAGAGCCAGAAGGAUUACAUAUGGAGCCUGGAUGCCACGUCCAUGAAGUUCCCAGCCCGACUUAUCAUCCAGGUCUGGGACAACGACAUCUUCUCCCCCGACGACUUCCUAGGGGUCCUGGAGUUGGAUUUGUCUGACAUGCCCCUCCCGGCUCGGCACGCCCAGCAGUGCUCCAUCAGGAUGAUGGACGCUGACCCCAAGUGGCCCUAUUUCCUCCAAUACAAGCACUUCUCCCUCUUUAAGAAGAAGACUGUGACUGGCUGGUGGCCUUGCCAGGUCCUCGAUGGUGGCAAAUGGCGCUUGUCGAGGCCCAAAAACUACCCGGCUCUGCUGUCUGAACUCAGCCUCCCCCUCACCAUGGUGUUCCUAGGGCAAGGUGAAGAUGAGCCUGGAGAUUCUGUCAGAGAAGGAAGCCUUAAUCAAGCCAGCCGGGCGAGGCCAGUCAGAGCCCAACCAGUACCCUACACUUCACCCUCCCCUACGCCCCUACACCUCUUUCAUGUGGUUGCGGUCACCAGUUCAACACUUCUGCUCUGUUUUCUGGAAACGCUAUCGCUUCAAACUCAUAGCCUUUAUGGUCAUAUCGAUUCUAGCACUUUUGCUGUUCAACUUUAUCUAUUCAGCUCCGGUGAGUGGCAGCCCUGCAGGCAAGGACAGAGGUGGUCUCAGGAUGACUCGGGGGAGAGCGUCUUCAGCUCGCCACCCCAGGCUAACUGUUGUCUGUUCUCUCUAGCACUAUUUGGCCAUGAGCUGGAUCAAACCUCAACUUCAGCUAUAUCCUCCCAUUAAAAUAUUCAAUAUCAUCACUUCACUAAACACCAGCAAUGCCAGCUCUUCCAUCCUUCCCACCCGGGAUCCAAACCUAAAGCCUACAAUAGACCAUGAGUGGAAACUCCACCCAGGACCUACCAAUCACCUGAGUAACAUUUUCCCAGAACUUCCAGCCCCAGAAGACUAAUGAGCCCACGCUGCCUGGCUUUCCUCCUCUACCAACAGCCCUCCCCUUGGGCCGCCUACCAGUUCUUUGUUUCUGUUUUCUAGGAUAGAUGCAAGGUGCUAGGAAUAUUCUGGCUAUUGUGUUCAGAAAUCACUUCCAACAAGAAGAGCAGAGCUAUAAUUUUCCACUGAAAUAAACAAGUUCUGUAACAGAGA